GAUGUGAUCAGGCCUGUGUUGGUUGUAUGGGUGCAGGACCUGCCCGCUGUAGGAAAUGUGCGGCUGGUUACAGAUCAUCAGGCAUGAGAUGCAUAGUUUCUCCUGCAGAUAUAGAUGAGUGCGCUGAGGAGGUGUUGGCCUGUCCUGGGGUCAGUAUGUUCUGUGAAAACACAGAGGGCUCUUUUCACUGUCAGUGUGCGGUUGGUUACACACGCAGAGGCGACACCUGCGAGAGGAGCCAGACAACAGCAUCUGAAGAAAAGGGUCUUUUUGACGAUAUUCAGGAGGAUGAGAUUGAAGUCCUGCAGCAGAUGUUCUUCGGUGUUGUGCUGUGUGCAUUGGCCACGUUGGCGGCUAAAGGGGACUUGGUGUUCACCUCCAUCUUUAUGGGGGCAGUGGCAGCAAUGGCUGGAUACUGGCUCUCUGAUAAAAGCGAUCGAUUGAUAGAGUCCAUCUUGAAGGGGAGAUAAAUGUAAAGCUAACUGCAGUGCCGCUUUCUACAAAGUCUUCCAUUUUUGAGCUGGGCCAUUUCUUACACCAUAUAAUGGUAUGUUCACACACACAGCUCAAGGAAGCUGCUAGAAGCAACCUUUUUGUGUGGUAUUCAAAAGUAAUGCAAUGAGCCACAAUAGGCUGUCUAUUACUGUGAUUUAACUAACGCAUGACCAACAGUUGGCUUAUUGCAUUUAUAUAAAAGCAGCAACAGAAAUGUGUUCAAGAAGUAUAAUGAGCAUGAACUUUUCUUACACCAUAUGGUUUUUAGUUUGACUAGCAAUGUGAUAACUUGGUGUAUUCUUAUUUCACUGACAAGUUGACUACUGUACAUUGGGAAUCAUUGGUUUUUGAGUAUUAAUUUGGGCACUGGCAACAAUAUCCAUCUGAUGUCAUUUUUUAUUGUGGCCUUUACAUUUUUAGUAGCCUUCAGGUAUAUAUGUUGUAGAAAUGUAUUGAGUGUACAUAAUGUUUAAAAGUUUGGUUUUGAUAAGAUUUUUUAACAUCUCUUCUGCUCAUCAAGGCUUUAUUUAAAAAUAAAAUACAGUAAAAAAAAAAGGAGGGAAUAUUUUUAC